AUGACAAAGAUUUUGAUGGCACUGUGGAUCCUCGGGAAUGAAGAGUCAUAUAGGGAAGUAGGAAACCUCUUUGGUUGCAACAGAGGCCUGGUGUUCCACAUCGUUGAAGAAAUGGUAACAGUGUGGAGCAAGCUAGGUACACAAAGAAUUUCGUGGCCAACAAACCUUGCCCUGGUCUCUGCGGAGUUUCAACAAAAAUGGGGAUUUCCCGGUGCAAUUGGUGCCGGUGAUGGGUGCCAUAUUGCCGUUGAAGCCCCUGUUGUUGAGCAGGGUGCGUACUACAAUAGGAAAGACUUUCACUCGGUGAUCCUCCAAGGAUGCUGUGACGCAAACCUAAUUUUCACGCACGUGUACAUUGGGUCUCCUGAGAGGAUGCACGACGCUAGAGUGUACACCAACUCUGGUCUCGAGGAAUUGCUCAAAAAGCUACCAGGAGAGAUGCACGUGCUUUGA